CUCACCCUCGUAACACAAAGCCAUUUUGUACAACAGAAAACUGCGUCAUGUGUAUGCUGUGCUCAUACGCAUCGUUCAAAUCAUGCUCGGAGUGGAGCACCCCCAGAGGCGGCGCGGCAAUGCUCCGGCAAACGGGGCAACUUGAAUGCGAACACAGCCACGUGUCAAUGCAUGCCACGUGGAAACAGUGCAUGCACUCAGGCAACCUCCUCAGCUUCUCACCCUCCUCAAACUCACCUAAGCACACCACACACGUCCCACCUUCAUCCCCGUCGCCGGAAACCACACCGCCAUCAACUCUCUUCCGGUGGUACGUGUGUGUAGGGAUCAUCUGCACCGCUGUGGAGGCCGUCGCUGGCGGCGUCGGGUGGCGCUGCGGAGGGUUUUGGUGUGUGAUGCGUUGGUACCAGAAGCAAAUGGCUAUGAGAUGGCACAUUGAUACGAAGAAAGCUGAUAAACCCAUUGCAAGGAGGAGAAUCAUGAAGUUGUUAAGAAAGCGGUGGCCACGGUCGUCGUCCAUGGACACCAAGUUAUUGCAGAAUGAGGAAAAAUGGUUGAACUUGUCUGUGUUGAGCCUUAAGAGGUGAUGAAGGUGGCCGGCGGAAAA